AUGGCACCUGCAGCAGCGGAAAAGGAAAAGGACAAGUCCAAGGUCCACAAGCUGUCUCUGAAAGGAAGCGCCAAGCUGGUCGCGGAGUUCUUCCAAUACUCGAUUCACACAAUCCUAUUCCAACGAGGUGUAUACCCGGCCGAGGACUUUACAGCAGUCAAGAAAUAUGGCCUCAACAUGCUCGUAUCCUCCGACGACCAGGUGAAAGCCUACAUCAAGAAGAUCAUGUCGCAGCUGGACAAGUGGAUGCAGCACGGCAAGAUCAGCAAGCUCGUCAUCGUCGUCACCGACAAGGACACGGGCGAGCACGUCGAGCGGUGGCAGUUCGACGUCCAGAUCUUCAACAACCCCAAGUCCAAGAAGUCGAAAUCCACCGCCGCCGCCGAUCAGGAGAACAACACGCCCUCUGCGUCCAACACGGCCUCGCCCGACCCGUCCAAGACCGAGCCCGAGAUCCAGGCCGAGAUUGCGGCGCUCUUCCGACAGAUCACGGCCUCGGUCACUUUUCUGCCGCAGCUGGCUGGUGACUGUACCUUCAACGUGCUGGUGUAUGCCGAUGCUGACAGCGACGUGCCGGUGGAAUGGGGUGACAGUGAUGCCAAGGAGAUUGUGAAUGGCGAGAGAGUACAAUUGCGAGGCUUCAGUACCAGCAGCCAUCGGGUCGAAACGCUUGUUAGCUACCGCCUGGGCGAGUAG